GCAGGCCGAACCCGCCUCUGCAAACUAAAGUCAUGGCUCUGCUUAUGGCUUUGCUCCAGAAGCCUGGGAAUAGAGAGCGAGCGGAGAUGUUGGAAUAUCUGGGGAAGAAGAAUAUGAGGCAGUUCAUCCAUAAGCACAUUAUUCAUGGCUGGUCUGUCCUGGGAGAUGAGAUGAGCCAUUACCUGUAUGUCUUGCAAUGUCUAAGCCUUGGCCUGCUAGAGGAUCGGAUGAAGACCCCAGUGGACCCCAAUGACGCUGGGCAGCGUCAACAGCUCCAGAACCUUCGACUCUCAGCGUUUCCAAAUGAGGGGGAUGAAGAAGGUCACAUGUCCACUGAGAAACGACGUUCACUUUGUGCCAAGGAAUUCCGCAAGCUUGGCUUCACAAACAAUGUCAGCCCGUGGCAAGACCUCGCUCUUACCCCACCAGGACUAUUGGCUCUGGAUAACAUGGUGUAUUUCUCAACACGCUGUCCCAGCGCUUACAGCCGGUUUGUCCUUGAAAACAGCAGCCGGGAGGAUAAGCACGUGUGCCCCUUUGCUCGAAGCAGCAUUCACCUGAGUCUCACCCUGUGUGACAUCCUGCGGGUUGGAGAGACAGUUUCAGAGACCGGCCAAAGCUUCCUGACCCUCUUCUAUGCUCAGGACCACUUCCUGCACGAACUCUUCUCCGUCUGCAUUCAGGUGCUGAAUAAGACAUGGAAGGAGAUGAGAGCCACCCAGGAGGACUUUGAUAAGGUGAUGCAUGUGGUGAAGCAACAGAUUUCUCGCACUCUUGCUCUCGCACCGACAUCAAUGGACGUUUUCCGGACAAAGAUUUCAUCGCUGAAUUAUAGUGAGAUUCUGCGCAGACGCCAAGAGGAGAGACUGAUCCAAGACGAAGCACUUUCCCCACCUGUCAUGGAACUCAGAGCGCAGCUUCAACCAGAGCUCCUGAACCUAAUCAGACAGCAAAGACUCCAUUUCCUGUGUGAGGGCACCAAGUUCAGGAAGGUCAGCACCCGAAGAAGGCAGGAUAAGCUUUGGUUCUGCCGACUCUCCCCAAACCACAAAGUGCUGCACUACGGGGACCUCGAGCACAACACUGACACCCUGCCGAUUGAAACACUUGCCUCAAAAAUUGCAGUUGCAGAUAUAAAAUGUAUGAUGACAGGAAAGGAUUGUCCUCACAUGAAGGAGAAGAGUUCCGGGAAGCAGAAUAAAGAUCUCAUGGAUCAAGCCUUUUCCAUCUGCUAUGAAGUGGACAGUUGUCUGAAUUUCAUUGCACCUUCCUAUAAUGAGUUCUGUCUGUGGCUGGAUGGCCUUUAUGCUCUGUUGGGGAAGGAAAUGCCCAGUGAACGGUGCCGCACAGAUCUAGAUCUACUGCUCAAUACUGAACUUAAACUCCGGUUACUGGACUUGGAGAAUAUUCAAAUUCCAGAACAACCUCCACCGAUUCCACCACGUCCUCAGAAUUAUGACUACUGCUACCACUUUACUUCUGCUGAGGCCUGACAGCCAAUAUA